CAGCUCAGUCUCCGGUGGGCUUGGAGCUGGGGCAUGCACGGAGGCUGCUCUGCAAAGGAGACCCCUCUCUCCUCUGGGCAGGAGCCCCCCUCCCUUCCCCUCCAGCCUCCCGCUCCUCACAGGAGAAGUUACUUUGGCGGAGGAGCACCUCACAGCAAGUCCAGCUUUGAGGAACCAUCAAGCAUCUCUCUCAUUUUCAAUGGGAACAUCUCCUCUUAAGUGGAAGGAGACCAGUGGGCAGUGAAGUUCCUCAUUGACAGCAAUUCAUUCACAUAGCGAAUUGGACUAGUUAUCUCCCAGCAGGGAUGGGAGUGCUGCACUUUGAACGUUCAUCCACUUUCUUCUGAUGGAGAUGGUCUGCCUCAUCCCUCAUGGACCCCAGAAUCCAUGCGCUCUUUCCAUGCUCCAGAGAUAUUGACCAUAAAAGGGGGGAUUGUAUAGUUUUCUUAAACAUUGCACUUGGAAUUUCAAUGGGGAGAUAGAAGCGACCGUCUCGUGGAAGAUGGAUCCGUUCAGGACCUUUCGGAUCAUUGCCUGCUAUUGCUUUGUUUUGUUGCCAGCAUCUGUCCAAAGCCGGACGCAAACUCAGGCGGAAGAGCGGUUAUUCCGGUACCUUUUCAAUGCCUACAACAAGUGGUCCAGGCCCGUCCCCAGUACCUCCGACGUUGUCAUCGUAAGGUUCGGCCUUUCCAUCGCUCAGCUAAUUGAUGUGGACGAGAAGAACCAAAUGAUGACUACAAAUGUUUGGCUGAAACAAGAAUGGAAUGACUACAAGCUGCGGUGGAACCCGCUGGAUUUUGACAAUGUCACAUCUAUCCGGGUUCCUUCGGAGAUGAUCUGGAUCCCAGAUAUUGUGCUGUAUAACAAUGCCGAUGGGGAGUUUGCCGUGACGCACAUGACCAAGGCUCACCUCUUCUCCAACGGCAGCAUCAAGUGGGUCCCACCGGCCAUCUACAAGAGUUCCUGCAGCAUCGACGUGACCUUCUUCCCCUUCGACCAGCAGAACUGCAAGAUGAAGUUUGGCUCAUGGACCUACGACAAGGCCAAGAUCGACCUGGAGAGCAUGGAGCACCAGGUGGACCUGAAGGACUACUGGGAGAGCGGGGAGUGGGCUAUCAUCAAUGCCGUGGGCACCUACAACACCAAGAAGUACGACUGCUGCACCGAGAUCUACCCAGACAUCACCUACAGCUUUGUCAUCCGCCGCCUGCCCUUGUUCUAUACCAUCAACCUCAUCAUCCCUUGCCUCCUCAUCUCCUGCCUGACCGUCCUGGUCUUCUACCUGCCCUCAGACUGUGGGGAGAAGAUCACCCUCUGCAUCUCGGUCCUGCUGUCCCUCACCGUCUUCCUCCUCCUCAUCACCGAGAUCAUCCCGUCCACCUCCUUGGUCAUCCCACUCAUCGGCGAGUACCUGCUCUUCACCAUGAUCUUCGUCACCCUCUCCAUCGUCAUCACGGUCUUCGUCCUCAACGUCCACCACCGCUCACCCAGCACACACAAGAUGCCCCGCUGGGUCCGCAACUUCUUCUUGGAUUUUGUCCCUCGGUGGCUCUUCAUGAAACGACCGCCGUUGGUGGCCCCGGGGUUGAAGGUGGCCGGAGAGGAGGCUGUCGGUCAGUAUGACGUCCCUCCGGCCAACCUGAGCACCUCCCAGUGCUGGCUGGAAGCAGACCUGCAUGACAAGUGGGAUGGGGAGGAAGAGGAAGGCGGGGAGGAGAGGAGGCGGAGGGGCCAGCUGCCCCUCCAAGGCCUUUGCCACAACCACUGCCUCAAGUACCGCUACACCUGUGCCCGGCACUUGGGCAGGAGCUUCGUUGAACUCAUCCAGCGACCAGCUGCCAAAACAGAGAACUUGGCCUCUUCCGAGCCGGCACUCCAGCUUUCUCCGGGGAUCCUGAAGGCCUUGGAAGGGGUACACUAUAUCGCCAACCACCUGCGGGCCGAGGAUGCAGAUUUUUCUGUGAAGGAAGACUGGAAGUAUGUUGCAAUGGUGAUCGACCGCAUCUUCCUCUGGAUGUUUGUCAUUGUCUGUUUGCUGGGGACCAUUGGCCUUUUCCUGCCCCCUUUCCUGGCAGGAAUGAUCUAGAGUGGCCACUCCAACACCAUCUUCCAAGAGAUCGAGGCCAAACAUGGAGCCACCACCAAAAAAGUCACGACUUGAAGCUGUUGCUGGACAUCCAGCUCACCUUCCUAAGAAUGGUCAGUUUUACAGUCCAGAUCACAGAUGUGCAUCCAGCUCUCACCUUCCUAAGAGCGGUCAGUCUCAUGUCCGUA